AGCCCAUGUGGCGUGGCCAGGCAGAAUGUGAGACACUUAAAUUCAUCAGGGAGGAAAAAAGACUUUCAAAGAAGCACGGAGGGUAACCCUCACAGAAAGGAAAGGAAAAGUCUUCCUCCACCGUGCACCAACCGAAGCUAGAUAGGUGAAACCGCUCGAGACAACGCCAGCGUUUUAACAAGUGAUUUGAGUUCAUCAUUUGUUUUGUGGGUGGGGGACAUUUGAACGCGACACAGUGAUUCACCAUGGAUGAGAUAGUCAUAACCGGGAUAUCCGGCCGUUUGCCGGAAUCUGACAACCUGGAGGAAUUCUGGGAGAACCUCAUCAAUGGUGUGGACAUGGUGACAGAAGACAACCGGCGGUGGACACCAGGUCUGUAUGGGCUCCCAAAGAGAAACGGUAAACUGAAAGACAUCAGCCACUUCGAUGCGGCCUUCUUUGGAGUCCACCCCAAACAGGCCAAUACCAUGGACCCCCAGCUCCGUCUCAUGCUGGAGAUCGCCUAUGAGGCUAUCAUAGAUGGAGGACUGAAUCCAGCCUCGUUGCGUGGCAGUAAGACGGGCGUCUACAUCGGGGUGAGUGGCUCGGAGGCUGGCGAGGCGUUCAGCAGAGAUCCAGAGGAACUCCUGGGCUACAGCAUGACUGGCUGCCAGCGCGCCAUGUUGGCCAACAGGCUCUCCUACUUCUUUGACUUCAGCGGCCCCAGCACUGCCAUAGACACAGCCUGCUCUUCCAGCUUGCUGGCUUUAGAAAAUGCCUUCCAUGCCAUUCGCCAGGGCCACUGUGAUGCCGCUCUAGUGGGCGGAGUCAACCUGCUACUCAAGCCAAACACCUCAGUGCAGUUCAUGAAACUGGGCAUGCUCAGUCCUGAGGGCACCUGCAAGUCCUUCGACUCAUCAGGAAAUGGAUACUGCCGCUCUGAAGCAGCAGUAGCAGUGCUGCUCACCAAGAGAUCUAUGGCUAAAAGGGUCUAUGCAACAGUCCUCAAUGCAGGCAACAACACGGAUGGAUACAAAGAGCAAGGUGUAACAUUUCCUUCUGGUGACAUGCAGCAGAGGCUGGUUCGCUCCCUCUACCAGGAGGCCAACGUAACACCUGAGCAGGUGGAGUACGUCGAAGCACACGGCACGGGAACAAAGGUUGGGGACCCACAGGAGGUCAAUGGUAUCGUCAGUGUUUUCUGUGAAGCAAAGAGAGAACCUUUGCUUAUUGGCUCCACCAAGUCUAACAUGGGCCACCCAGAACCGGCCUCUGGUCUCGCUGCCCUGGCAAAGGUGUUGCUGUCUAUGGAGAGAGGAGUCUGGGCUCCCAACCUCCACUUCAACAAUCCUAACCCUGACAUCCCCGCUCUCACCGAUGGUCGGGUUCAAGUUGUCGAUCGGCCUAUUCCCAUCCGAGGAGGCAUCGUUGGGAUCAACUCCUUUGGAUUUGGAGGUUCAAAUGUUCAUGUCAUCCUUCGUCCAGCUGACAAGGCAGCUGGCUCCACUUUGCCCCGGACUGUUCCCAGGGUGCUCCAGGCCUGUGGUCGUACGGAGUCUGCGGUGAACGCCAUGCUCCAGAAGGGGAAGGAACACUCAACAGACGACCACUUCCUGUCUUUGCUGAAUGAAGUUUCAGGAGUCCCUGCUGCCGGCAUGCCAUACCGAGGUUACUCUCUGAUCGGCUCUCAGAGUGAUGUCAUGGAGGUGCAGCAGGUCCAAGCCAGUGGCAGGCCACUCUGGUACAUCUGUUCAGGUAUGGGAACACAGUGGGCUGGUAUGGGCCGCAGUCUCAUGCAGCUGCCACACUUCAGAGACUCCAUCCUGCGGUCAGACAAAGCCCUGAAGGACACCGGCCUGGUUGUCUCUCGCCUGCUCAUGGAGGCUGAUGAGAGCACAUUUGAGGACACCGUCCAUGCCUUUGUUGGACUGGCUGCCAUACAGAUAGCUCAGAUCGACCUGCUCACCAAGAUGGGUCUGCAGCCCGACGGCAUCGUAGGACACUCGGUGGGAGAGCUGGCGUGCGGCUACGCUGACGGCUCCCUCAGCCACUCCGAGGCCAUCCUCGCUGCCUACUGGAGAGGCCGCUGCAUCAAGGAGGCCAACCUCCCCCCAGGAGGCAUGGCUGCAGUUGGGUUGACCUGGAAGGAGUGCAUUGCUCAGUGUCCUCAAGGAGUGGUUCCAGCUUGCCACAAUUCCGAGGACACAGUCACCGUCUCCGGUCCUCAGGAGGCGAUCAGUGCAUUUGUGUCUGUGCUGAAAGACCAGGGUGUGUUUGCAAAGGAGGUUCGUAGCGCUGGCGUUGCUUUUCAUUCCUACUACAUGGCCUCCAUCGCUCCAACCCUGCUGGCUGCUCUGAAAAGGGUGAUCAAGGAGCCCCGACAGCGCUCAUCCCGCUGGGUGAGCACCAGCAUCCCUCAAUCUGAGUGGGACUCUCCUCUGGCUCUGUACAGCUCAGCUGACUACCACGUCAACAACCUGGUGAGCCCUGUGCUGUUCCAGGAGGCUCUCCAACUGGUGCCUGAAAACGCUGUAGUGGUGGAGAUAGCACCCCACGCUCUGCUGCAGGCCAUCCUGAAACGUAGCCUAAAACACACGUGUUGCAUCCUCCCACUGAUGAAGAGAGGUCACGCCAACAACCUUGAGUUCUUCCUCUCAAACAUUGGCAAAGUCUACAUGAACGGCGUCAACGUGGAUAGUAAUGGCCUCUGCCCAACUGUGAAGUACCCUGUGCCGGUUGGUACCCCUCAGAUCUCCCCCAUAGUGCAGUGGGACCAUGCCCAGACCUGGGAUAUCCCCAAGGCAGAAGAUUUUCUUUCUGGCUCAGGAGGGUCCAAUUCUUCCACCGUCUAUAACAUCGACACAAACCCAGAGUCUGCAGACAACUAUCUCAUCGGACACUGCAUUGACGGACGUGUCCUCUACCCAGCGACGGGUUACCUGGUGCUGGCCUGGCGUACCUUGGUUAGAAGUCUGGGGGUUGUCAUGGAAGCCACCCCUAUAACGUUUGAGGACGUGACCAUCCACAGGGCUACCAUCCUGCCCAAGACUGGCUCUGUCCAGUUAGAAGUACAUCUCAUGCCUGCCACCAAGAAGUUUGAGGUGUCAGAGAAUGGAAACCUGACUGUCAGUGGUAAGGUGAGCUUUCUGGAGGAUGCGACCCUUGAUGCAUUCCAUAGUCAGAUAAGUCGUCUAGCCUCCAAUGACAGUGACCCCAAAACGAAUCUCAGUACACAUGAUGUCUACAAAGAGCUGCGACUGCGUGGCUAUGAUUAUAAGAAGGCCUUUCAAGGCAUCCUGGAGUCCAACAAUGCAGGAGACAGUGGGAAGCUGCAGUGGACAGGAAACUGGGUGACCUUCCUGGACACCAUGCUGCAGAUGAUCGUGGUUGGACUGCCUGGUCGAAGCUUGCGUUUGCCAACCAGAAUCCGCUCAGUGUGCAUUGACCCGGCUGUCCAUGUGGAGAAAGUCUGCGAGUACGCUGAUGGAAAACAAGCCGUGGAUGUCCAUGUAAACCGCAGCCUUGACAACAUUGUUGCUGGUGGAGUCCAGAUCUCUGGUCUGCAUGCCACAGUGGCCCCCCGUCGUCAGCAGCAGCAGAGCCCCCCCACCCUGGAGGAGUUUGUGUUUGCACCCUACGUGGACACGGAGUGCCUCACAGCCAAUGGGAAACUGGCCGAGCAGCUGAGGCUCUGCAGAGGUUUAAUGCUCAGAUUGCAGCGAAAGUUGGCCCCACAUGGUGUGAAGCUCUCCAUCCCUGGGCUACAAGGGGUGAGCGCUGACCCUCUUCCCAGCGCUGAGCCCUCUGAGCCUGGCCUGGUGAAGCUACUGACCCUGCUUUGUGACCUGGAGCUGAACGGGAACCUUCACUCCGAGUUGGAGCAGGUGGUGGAGAAGGAGCGUGCGUGUCUGCUGCAGGAUAGCCUGCUGCAGGGUCUGCUAGAAAACCCGGCCCUCAGACACUGUCUGGACAUCACCAUGGAAAACAGUACCCCCGGCAAGAUCAAAGUGUUUGAGGCUCUCUCAGACGAUGGCCAGCUCUUCUCACGUGUGGUGCCCCUCCUCAACAUCCAGCCCAUGAUGCAUGUGGACUACACUGCCACAGCAACCAACCUGGACCUUCUGUCCUCCCACCAGACCACCCUGGAGGAGCUGGGUGUCACUGCGGGUCAGUGGGACCCUCUGAUGGGCCCAGCUCCUGGAGGCAUGGCAUCAGGGGCAGACCUGGUAGUGUGUAACCACACAUGGAGUUCUCUGGCGACAGACCCUGCUCUACUGGUGGAAAAUCUGGCAUCUGGAGCCAAACAACAUGGGUUCAUUCUCCUCCACACCCUGCUGAAGGGAGAGACUCUGGGGGAGACGGUUGCCUUCCUCUCCAGCACUGCUCAGAACGGCAGCCAGCAACAACUGCUCACACAGGCUGAGUGGGAGAAGGUGUUCGCUGAGGCCUCCCUCAGCCUGUUGGCUGUCAAGAAGUCCUUCUAUGGCUCUGCCCUCUUCCUGUGUCGCCGUCACUCUCCGGGCAAGCAGCCUGUUUUCCUGCCCGUGGACAGCACCGAUUAUAAGUGGGUGGAAACACUCAAGAAGGAGCUGAUGGCAGAAUCAGCAGACACCCCGGUGUGGCUGACUGCUUCCAAAGCCCACUGUGGCAUUGUGGGAAUGGUCAACUGUCUGCGGCAGGAGCCAGGCGGCAACCGAAUACGCUGCUUAUUUGUGUCCAACCUCAACGAGUCUUCAGCUGCUCCAAGCCUCCAGCCAGGCCAUAAGUCCAUAAAGUCAGUGAUGGAGAAGGAUCUGGUUAUGAAUGUGUUCAGAGACGGAUGCUGGGGCACCUUCAGACACCAGCUCAUCACUCACGAUCUAAAUGAAGAGUUGACAGAGGCUGCCUACGUCAACGUGCUCACCCGAGGUGACCUGUCAUCUCUGCGCUGGAUUGCUUCUCCACUCCGUCACUUUGUGCCCACCAACCCCAACGUGCAACUGUGCCGUGUCUACUACAGCUCACUCAACUUCAGAGAUAUCAUGCUGGCCACCGGCAAACUGCCACCAGAUGCUAUUCCAGGGGACCUAGCCCUGCAGCAGUGCAUGUUGGGUAUGGAGUUUUCUGGUCGGAACCCUGCCGGACAGCGUGUGAUGGGGCUGCUCCCUGCUAAAGGCCUGGCGACAACUGUAGAUGCUGACAAGCGGUUCCUUUGGGAAGUUCCCCUCAGCUGGACGCUGGAGCAAGCAGCCUCUGUGCCAGUAGUCUACGCCACAGCCUAUUACUCUCUGGUGGUGCGAGGCAGACUCCGCCCCGGAGAGACUGUCCUCAUCCACUCGGGGUCAGGAGGGGUCGGCCAGGCUGCCAUCGCCAUAGCACUCAGCAUGAAAUGCAGAGUCUUCACUACAGUCGGUUCAGCAGAGAAGCGGGCCUACCUACAGCAGAGGUUCCCUCAGCUGUCAGCAGAGUCUUUUGCCAACUCCAGAGACACUUCUUUUGAACAACACGUUCUGCUCCACACACAGGGCAAAGGUGUGGAUGUGGUGCUAAACUCUCUGGCUGAGGAGAAGCUACAGGCUAGUAUUCGCUGCCUAGCCAGACAUGGACGAUUCCUGGAGAUUGGCAAAUACGACCUUUCCAACAACUCCCCACUGGGCAUGGCUCUGUUCCUGAAGAACGUGGCAUUCCACGGUAUCCUGCUGGACGCCCUCUUUGAAGAGGGCAACCGGGAGUGGGAGGAUGUGUCCCAGCUACUGAAGGAGGGCAUUAAGGGAGGUGUAGUUCAGCCUCUCAAGACCACAGUGUUUGAGAGGGACCAAGUGGAGCAGGCAUUCAGAUACAUGGCUCAGGGCAAGCACAUCGGCAAGGUCCUCUUACAGGUCCGGGAUGAGGAAAAGGGUGCAGCUGUCAAGCCUGCUACCCCUUUGUCUCUUACAGCAAUCUGUCGUACCUUCUGCCCCUCAACCCACUCCUACAUUAUCACCGGUGGUCUUGGGGGUUUCGGUCUGGAGCUGGGUCAGUGGCUGAUGGAGAGAGGAGCCCGCAAACUGGUGCUGACUUCUAGAUCAGGCAUUAGGAAUGGUUACCAGGCGAAACGGGUGCGUGAAUGGCAGAGUCAAGGUGUGGAGGUGGUGGUCUCGACCCGUGAUGUCAGCACGCUGGAGGGAGCACAGCGACUCAUUGCUGAGGCCAGUGCACUGGGCCCAGUGGGUGGCGUCUUCCACCUGGCCAUGGUGUUGAAAGAUGGCAUGUUGGAGAAUUUGACUCCUCAACUCUUCAUUGAUGUUAACAAACCUAAAUAUGAUGGCACCAUAAACCUGGACAAAGUAACAAGAAAGCUGUGCCCAGACCUCAGUUACUUCGUGGCCUUCUCCUCGGUCAGCUGUGGCCGUGGCAAUGCCGGCCAAAGUAACUACGGUUACGCCAACUCGUCCAUGGAGCGCGUGUGUGAAAAGCGGCGCUAUGACGGCCUACCAGGACUAGCGGUGAGGUGGGGUGCCAUUGGAGAUGUAGGCGUGGUGCUGGAGACCAUGGGUGGUAAUGACGCAGUCAUCGGUGGCACCCUACCACAGCGUAUCGCAUCCUGCCUGGAGGUGCUCGACACCUUCCUGUGCCGGCAACAUCCAGUGAUGUCGAGCUUUGUACUGGCCGAGAGGACGGUGGUAAAGAGCGAGGCAGGAAGCCAGAGAGACUUGGUGGAGGCUGUUGCUCAUAUUCUCGGUGUGCGGGAUGUGAACAGCCUGAACGCUGAUGCCUCAUUGGCUGACUUGGGCCUGGACUCUUUGAUGGGAGUGGAGGUUCGCCAGACUCUGGAGCGUGACUACGACAUCGUCAUGGCCAUGAGGGAGAUCCGCCAGCUCACCAUUAACAAGCUGCGAGAGCUGGCCAGUAGCAAGUCAAACGGACCAAAUGGAUCUCACCAUGCUGCAGGGAGGAGGGAUGGUGUUCGCUCUGUGUUGGAUUCUGAUCUGGCCCAACUGUUAGUCGACCCCAGUGAUUCCACUGUGACGCCUCUCAACAAUGUUCAGAGCCAGGAGAGACCACUGUUCCUCGUACAUCCCAUUGAGGGCUCCAUUGGCGCUUUUAAGAUGCUUGCCUCCAAGCUUAGCGUGCCUUGCUAUGGCCUGCAGUGCACAAAAGCUGCUCCUCUGGACAGCAUCCAGUCUCUGUCGGCCUACUAUGUGAACUGUAUCAGACAGGUGCAGCCAGACGGGCCGUAUAGAAUUGCUGGCUACUCCUUCGGUGCCUGCGUAGCCUUUGAAAUGUGCUCUCAGCUGCAGACCCAGAAUCGGACUGUGGAGAGCCUGUUUCUGUUUGACGGAUCACACUCCUACGUGGCAGCGUAUACGCAGAGUUACAGGGCCAAGCUGACACCAGGCAAAGAGUCUGAGGCUGAGACUGAAGCCCUAUGUGCCUUCAUCCAGCAGUUCACCGGCAUCGAAUACAACAAGCUUUUGGAAAGUCUACUCCCACUGUCGGACCUGGAGGCCCGAGUCAACGUGGCGGUGGAUCUCAUCACCUCCAGUCACAGCAACAUCAGCCGAGACUCGCUGCGCUUCGCAGCCACCACCUUCUACUACAAACUGAAGGCCGCUGAUGGAUAUGUGCCUGCCACAAAAUACCAUGGCAACGUGACGCUACUGCGCGCCAAAACCAACAGCGAGUACGAACAAAACCUGGGAGCUGACUAUAAACUCGGCGAGGUCUGUGACGGCAAGGUGUCAGUCCACGUCAUCGAGGGAGACCACCGCACUUUCCUACAAGGAGAGGGGGUGGAAUCCAUCAGCAGCAUCAUCCACAACUCACUGGCUGAGCCUCGGGUCACAGCAAGAGAGGGUUAAACAUGCCCAUUCAAGCCACACCCACCCACCUCAUACCACCCCACCUCCACCUUUACAAUGAUUCCACAACAUUCCCAGCAUGGUCCACUUUCCUCCUAUUAGUUCAGUACCUAGAAAUUCUUCUUUUUCCUUUUUUUUGUUGUUCUAAUGUUCCCAACUUGACUCAUGGUGGUUCUCAUUUCAGUCGUCAGGUAGUAAACGCCCCUAACCUGUCUGGAAUAUAACUGGCAUCCUCCCAUGGGGUGAACAAAACAUGCUGCGAGUUUGUACACAUUUAGUGAAAAGUUCAUUAUGUUACAGUUCUAAUGUUAUUGUGUUUUUCUCUCACAAAUCAUGAAUGACAAAUAGCUGUUCAUCUACACCAAGUAAAUGAUGUAUUAGACAAAAAUAUAACAAGAACAUUAAUGAUGAAGUAGUUACACUGUAGCAGCCUCCAUGCUCUCUGAUGGGGUUUGUAGUUUUACAUUAGCGAUAGGAUGGCUAGCAAAUCUGAGAUAGGUCAACUCUCUUUGUUACAGCGUUGACACCCUUUAAACUGAAAAGAACAUAAUGCGCUAAAACGUCUCUUGUUACAAAGUCCAUGCAGGAAUGUGCAGCCUCUGGUUCCUGAUAGGUUACUUUGAUUGAACUAGAUACUGCCUAUGACUUUUUUUAAUCUACAACUCAUUAUUAUCAUGUGUUGAUGGUAGUAGAAUGUUCUAGACUUCCUGGUCCACCUGGAGCUCUGACAUCAACUGGAAAUUAAACUAGCCUAGUGCUGCAUGAAAAGCUGGCCCUGGAAAUGUGGUGAACAAAGUAACACCAAGUAAGCUGCCUUGUAGCGUUUGUCACAUGAAGUAGAUGUAGGGUUUCUCUCUCACUGUGUAUGCGCACAAACACUGGGGCAAAGCUUCUGCUGACUAUUCAUUACUGCUAGUGAAUAAUAUAUUAAUAAUGGUUUAUCUGUUUGUACUUUCUUUAGUGUUUUUACGUUUGUGUCUUGAACGUAGUGUUUUUUAUUUUGUAUUUCCAUGAUGUCAUUCCAUUGAAACAACCAGCAGCUGUUUAGAUUGUUAAACAGUUAACAAACCAAAACUCACUUUAACUAUUGAAGAGCUUCAAAUCAUUGUUAUUAAUGCUGCAGAAAGAGGAAAAGGAUCAUUAAGAACAGGAAUACUCUACAGUGAUGGAUUGUGUAAGUGAUCUGUGCUAAUUUAGAAGACAGAUGGUUUUGACAGAAUGUGGCGAGUACUUCUAGUUUUAUAAUGUGUUCCCAAGUUGUUGUUUUGUUUGUUGUUGUUUUAUAAUUUAAUGUGUAAAGAAACCGGUCCUUGUUCUUUCAUGGUAAUGAACUAUAAUUAUGAUUUUUCUAUCAACUUGUAGCACUUGAAACAUGUUCGUUGUUAAAAAUGACUAACACUGUGCAACUUGGGUUGUGUGCAAAUGAACUGUAUCGCUGUAAUGUACUGCCUCUAAAAUGUAGUCUUAACUCGCCGUCACCAUGGUGACCAAACAGGUUGUUAUGUUUAUCCUGUCUGUGGAGUACAUGUUAGGAAACUAACAGAAUAAGUUCACACUUCCAGGACAACUAGAACCUAGAUCCAGCUGAUGUGUUUAUUGGUUGCUGUGCUCCAAAACAUAAGUUCUGCUGUGUAAACCAAGGUCAGUUAUGUUCUAAGGGCCAAACCUGGUGACACGUUAUUCUGAUAGAGCCAUAGAGAGUACCAAACGCCUCACAGACCUUAAGACACCUUCUGUGUGUGAGUAGUGGGAUCCUCCGUGUCUCCUUGGAUCUUUGCUGAAACUGUUUCCAGAGAGGCUGUCUCUGACUCCAGGGACCUCACGUGGUUUCAUGACCCCCAGCGACUCGUUCAGUCAGGCUGACCUCUGAGACCUCCUAUCUGGUCAGUGAAGGGUCCGCCGACUAGAGACCAACGUGGUGAAUGAUUGCAGUGAGAGGGAGAAGGAAGUGACAGCAUAUGCUCCUCUUUUUUUUUAAAUGUAAUAUUUCCCGUAUGUAUUUUAUCACUAAUAAAAGCCUCUCAUUAAUGA